AUGAAUUUGCAACAUGGGAUGUCUUCUUAUUGCAUUACAAUUCACAUUUUGGUUAAAGCUAGGCUUUUUAAGGAUGCCAAGGCAUUGGUUGAAUCAAUUUUAGUCAACAAAAAAUCCAUGCAUGAUGGUCCUGUUGAAAUGCUUAACAAUGUUCUGGAUUCACUGCUUGGUUCUUAUGAAGUUGUGGGUUCGACCCCUUUUGUCUUUGAUUUGUUUAUGCAAACUUGCGCUAAGCUGAGGAUUAUUGAUAGUGUUGUUGAUGGUUGUAAAGUCUUGGAUGAGCGUGGGUUUGGAUUGAGUGUUAUUAGUUAUAAUACUUUGCUUCAUGUUAUGCAAAAGUCUGAGAAGACUUCUCUGGUUUGGAGUUUGUAUGAGCAUAUGAUUGACAAGAGAAUGUACCCAAAUGAAGUUACUUAUAGGAUUUUGGUUCGUGCUUUGGGUAAAGAAGGGAGGCUAAAGAGGUUUUUGGAUGUGGUGGAGAGGAUUCAUGGCAAGAGAUGUUCUUUACUGGGCAUGGUGGUGAAUACUUGUUUGGUGUUUGGUUUGAUAGACAGGGGUAAAGUUGGAGAGGGGAUGAAUUUGUUGAAGAAGAUGUUGCAGAAGAAUAUAAUUCCUGAUACCAUUUCAUUUUCGUUGGUUAUAAUGGCCAAGGUGAGGAUGGGGGAUCUGGAUGCCGCAUGGGAGGUAUAUGAGGAAAUGCGUAAGAGGGGUUUUGAAGGGAACUCUUUUGUAAGUACUUCGUUUAUUGGUGCUUACUGUAAGCAGGGGAAGAUUGAGGAAGCAAUGAGGUUGAUGCGAGAAAUGGAUGAUUUGGGGAUGAAGCCGUAUGAUGAAACAUUUAAUCAUCUAAUUGAAGGUUGUUCGGGAACAGGAUAUUUGGAUGAAAGCUUGAAAUUUUGUGAGAGAAUGGUCAAGAUGGGACUUCUACCAAGUCCUUUGGCAUUUAAUAUGAUGGUUGGUAAGCUUUGUUCAGAUGGGGAGGCAAAGCGGGCUGAUGAAGCUUUGACUGUUUUGUUGGAAAUGGGGUUUGUUCCCGACGAAAACACAUAUUCUCAUCUCGCUAAUGGCUAUAUGACACUUGGUGAUGUGGAGAGGAUUCUGAAACUUUAUUACGAGAUGGAAUAUAGAUCACUUUCUCCAUGUUCUUCAUUUUUAAAUUCCCUAAUAAUUGCUCUUUGCCGACAUGGGAGGGUAAGAGAAGCAGAUGAGUUUUUAAAUUUGUUGAAAGCUAGAUCACUUAUCCCUGGAUCACACACUUAUAAAACAUUGAUUGCGAGUCAUCUGGAGAAGGGGAACAAAACCAGGGCCCAGCAGCUUUGUGAAGAAAUGGUAGAAAUGAGUUGA